GCGACAGUCGAGGUCCACACCUGAGACAGUACACAACACUACACCUGUCCCAGUUGUGUACCUGUGUGCGCGUUCCCGGUGCAUGGCCCACCCCAGCCAGUGCCAGUGUUGUUGGUGUAUGCCACGUCCCAGGAUGUGGCCCGCCCGCAGUGUAUAGCGCUAGUGUCAUCCUGAUCAUAGUUUACAGAGGCAGGCGUGGAGUUGCUAGCCUGAGUGUGAGCUCUGGUGGAAGUGUUUGUGUUUGUGGUUGGGGCUUGCGGGCGGCGGCGGCCCCAUGUGGUGCGAGCCCCCCUGGUGGAGCUGCGGCGGCUACUGCCUUCCCCUCCACCACCUCCGACACCAGCCUGGUCCCCUCCAUCACCACCAUCACGGAGGCAGGUGCGGCCCCCGAGCCCCUCUGGAGUGACUCUAAUAGUAACGGCAGUAGUAGUAGUAGCGGAGAGUGUGUGCGGCGCGGGCGUAGUGAGGGCGGGUGGUGUGCGUGGGCGCGCGGGCUGGGCGGGGCGGCCUCGCCCUCCAAGCUAUGCCCGGGCGGCGCCACUCCCUGCUUCAUGUUCAUGUUUCGCUCCAGGAAGGCCGCCCUGGUGAAGCGAGCGUGGAAGUCUCGACGGAUCGGGCUGGGGGAGGCUCCUCAGCAAGAGCAGCAGCAGGAGGCGACGCAGCAGCUCAAGGGCGCCGCACUACAUCUGCUCCGUCGCCUGACCGAGGCGCAGCUGGAGUUACUAGUGUCAGCACUGGACUCUCGAGGCGGUGACCCAGGACAAUGUGUGUUGGUGCUGAGGAACUCUGGGGAAGAACAUGUGGAUGGGCGCACCCUUCCACCACAUCUGCUAAUGGUGUGGGUGUGGCGGUGGCCGGACCUUCACGCCCACCAGCACAAUAACACUCCCCUGCAGCGCCUCCCCACCUGCGCCGCCCGCAACGACCAUGUCUACGUGUGUGCCAACCCCUACCACUGGGCCAGACUUCUCCAGACAGGUAAGCAGGCGUCCCGCAGGACAAGGUUCUGCUCCCAGACUCCAGCCUUAGGAACAAGCUUGCUAGAGAUGGUCAGCUGGGAAGAUCUUAGCUAGGGACGGCAUCCAUAUCUCAGGUAAGUUAGGUCCGUGCUUGGGCAGGAGUGAGGCUGCGCCUAGGAGUUGGUCCUGCCAGUUUCCAACCAGGGAGAAAUGAUGUUUAGGGAAAUUUGUGAGGGAAAAAUUGUCAAAUUAGUAUGU